UUGGAUUUGGGGACCUGCUUCCUCCUCAGAGAACCUAACGCUAACAUGCAGAGUAACGCCGUAGUUUACCUGAAGUGGAGACACUGCGAGACCCCAGGGGUGAGGACUCUGUGCAACCUACGGAAGCUGCUGAACAGACUGCAGAAAGACCACAGGGACGACGUCUACCUUUACACCUCCGGACACCUGAACCCCAACAAGCUGUAUAGGCCUCCCGAGACCGUCCUGCAGCACUGGCCCAACGCCAACAGGCCGCAGGAGGGCAAGGCCCCCGUGGCGAGAAGGCCCCCCGAGAGCAAGGUGGCAGCGAUGAAAGAGGCUCUGGUUCGCUUCACCAUCAACACAGCGCUGGUUCCGGACGCCCAGAACACUCGGCUCUUCAGGUACCUGCACCCUCAGGCAGAGAUUUCCUGCGCUUCAGAAGAGGAUUUCGCCCCUAGGAGGUUUCCGAAAGAAGAGAAAGAGGGAAUGGGGGAGGGCUCCCCUGGCCGGCGAAGGAGGGAGGAGCUCAGAGUGCCGGAGCUGAAGGUGCUGAGGUACAAGGCGGCGGGCUCCAGCCGCCGGUGUGCCCUGUCACCGCCAGGCAGGGACGAGUACCGCUGUGUCAGCUCCUACUUAGCCGGCAUAACGAAAGCAGACAGGUAUAAGAAGUUCUUGAAUUUCCAAAAAGAAGUUCUUGCAAAGCACGACCUCCUGAAGAACGAUUUCACCGGGAGCUCGGCGGCCGCGUGCCACGAGAGGAAGCUGCGACAGGAACUCCAGAAGAAAUGCAUGUGUGACCCUCAGGGGCUGAGCAGACUGCAGAUCUUUGGCGACAUCUUUGAAGAUAUUUGCAACAGUUCUUUGAUAUUUGGUGAAAUCUUGAAAGAAAUUAAGGAUGAAUAUGAGCUCUAUAUGGCGAUCCUGCUGGACUCCUGUCCCACAGCACAGCAUAAGACUCUUCUGGCUCAAGCCAAGGGGCUGGAGAAGCGGCCCGUGAAGACAGCCGACGUGGAACGAGCCCGGGAGGAGCUGGGGGUGCUGGUGACAGCCAUCAGAGCUGCCCUGGAGCGGAAUGACAAACUCAGAGAUGAGCUGGAGGCGGAGCUCGCGCUGCUGCAGGCUGCUAAGGACAAGUCAGAAUCAUCUAAGAAAAAUGUAACUGAGGAGGUGCACCUCACUCUUACUGAGAAGGUUGAAAGGAAGAGGUGUGAAAUACUCAAUAAGUGGGAUGAAAUGAAAGCUCUUGAAAAAGAAAUUAAAACAAAUUUGGUUCAUACGGAAAUUUUACAUAUCACUGAGAAUAUGAUUAAAAGCAUAGAGAAUGAAGCUAUAAAAUUGGAAACAGCAAAUAGGAUUUUAAGUAAGAAAACAAAAGUUACUGAAAACCAUGUGAAGCAGAUCAUGGGGAAGAGUAAGAUCAGUGAGGAGGGGCAGAAGGAGCUUUCGAAAUUUAUUAUGCAAUUUGUAAAAUUUGAAGAAACAGUAAAUAACUCUCAAGGGACUGGAUAAAGGACCGAAGAAAAUUCACAGCUGCCAUGUACCUAGUGCAAAUGUUUGCAAAAGUAUAAAUUGAUAAAUAUUCAUCCCAUUUUGUGAGUUUUAAUUCCUAACAAAACUAAUAUGGUAUGUGUAUCCUACUCAAGAUACUGAA